AUGCUCACAACCGAUUCGCUCAAGGAUAUCCUGAUGGACCGUUUGGAGGCCCAUCAUGUGGAGGUGACCGACGCCAGUGGAGGAUGUGGCCAGGCAUUCGAGGUUCUCAUUGUGUCCGACAUUUUCAAGGGCAAGAACAAGCUCAUGCGACACAGACUGGUCAACACCAAGCUCAAGGAGGAGAUUGCCGCCAUCCAUGCCUUUACACAAAAGUCCCAGACCGUGGAGGAGUGGGAGAAGUCCAAGGAGGCUUAG